AUGGCCAAGAGAUCUUGCGAUUUCUGUGUUCAACGCAAAACUCGGUGCGACAAUGGCCGGCCAUGCCGCAAGUGCCUCGACGCACAACCUCCACUCGAAUGCACCUAUUUGAAGCCGGUGCUUAAACGCGGCCCAAAGACUUCGAAGCUCACGCAGCGGUGCAAUUGGAAAUGGAAAAUUGAGGCACAAAACCCACCUCUAGAAUCUCUUGGCCAUGUCGACCCAAACUCGACGAGAGUUGCCACCGAUGCUCCCGCUUAUUACAAGGCAGAAAGGCUGCCUCUGUCUAUACUCAGGCCGGUGAUUGAGGCCUAUAGUUCUCGCAUGUAUCCCGUCUGGCCAGUCCUUCAUGUGCCGGAUCUCCUCAACAGGCUUGAGAAGUUGGAAAUGGGUGAAUCGUCUGAUGCUGAUGUUUACGCUAUGACACUGGCACUAUGCUCAGCGACAAUGGCUCAAUUGAACCUCACUGCAAUGAAGGAUAUUCCACCUCAUGUCACUAGCGAAUACAUGGAGAAAGAGUGUAACCGGCAUCGCAACCUGACAAAUUAUCGAGAACAUCCUUCAAUCGAAGGAGCUCUCACGUCCUUCUUUCUUCAUGUCUACCAUGCCAAGGCUGACAAUAGAAAUGCAUCAAUGGUCUUUCUACAAGAAGGCAUCUCAAUCGCUCGACUUCUCCGUCUGGACCGGAUAGAGGUCGAAUCUUGCCAACUUCAACAUAAUCUCGACAAUGGCCAAUCCCCAGUAACUGCUCACAAGCGCCUAGUAUAUAUCCUCUUGUGGGUUAGUGAAAGGGGCUAUGCUAUCCAACAUGAUCUCCCCAUCUCUAUACUUGAUACAGUUCAAAUUCCUACAGACAACAUGGAUGAUUUCGACAAGUACGGAAAGGGACUGAUUGAACUUGCCGCAUUAUUUGUUGCUUUUGAUGCCUUCUUUUAUCGUACGGCCCGGUACAUGUACGAAGCUUGCCAAGGCAACUCUCAACAGCAUCGCCUCAUAGCGGUCCAACGAUCCCUGGAAAGCAUCUCCCCGAAAGCUUUUGAAUAUGAUUUAGUGCAACGGGCGGAUUAUAAUAUAACAAGGCAUUGGAUGCGAAUUCUGAUUUGGCAGCAAGCGAUGUCUCAAAGUCUGCUGUCGUCUUGUGCAGAUGAUGAUUCAAUGACCUUUCUCUUUCCGUCUCAAAUAGCACAAGAUUUUCUUACUUCUAUUACAAUCAACUCGAAGGAGCACUUGGUUUCAUUGGGAAGAGACCAGCUUAUAAAGUCCUUCGAAAUCACAAAUACACUGGCAGAUGUGAUAUUAUGCACUACUAGUGCUUACAGCAGCCCUCUUGUGCAAGAUUCCUACAACUCUCGCCGGAAAUCAUAUUUUGGUUUACAACGCGAAAGCUGGAAAUAUGGACCAGCAGAUUUCCUACACGCCAUGUAUCAGACAAUUUCUCCAUUCCUAACUUACGAUAAACGACUGUACGAUAUGAUACGGCUCAAAGCAGCAGACGCAUUGUUGCGCUCACCGAGCAGGAUU